ACACUACUUGCCAGCCUCGCGCCCAUUUCACAGGGGAGAGAGGUGAUUCGUCGGUCGCUCUGUGCUUGCUCACUGUUAGAUCGCUUAGGGGUCGCCUGAGAUCACAGAAAACGAUGGUGAAGGCUCUAGCUGUUCUCAGUGGUUCGGAAGAAGUGAAGGGAACAAUCUUCUUUGAACAGGAAGGAGAUGGUCCAACUAAAGUUACAGGAGUCAUCUCUGGUCUUAAGCCUGGGCUUCAUGGCUUCCAUGUUCAUGCAUUUGGGGACACUACGAACGGCUGCUUGUCAACUGGUGCUCAUUUUAAUCCUGCUGGAAACGAACACGGGGCUCCUGAAGAUGAGAACCGCCAUGCUGGUGAUCUUGGAAAUGUGAAAGCUGGAGAAGAUGGGACUGCUAAAGUUGAAGUUUCUGACAUACAGAUUCCUCUCAGUGGCCCAAAUUCUGUCAUUGGAAGGGCUGUUGUAGUCCACGCUGAUCCGGAUGACCUUGGAAAAGGUGGUCACGAGCUUAGCAAGUCCACUGGAAAUGCAGGCGGAAGACUCGCAUGUGGCGUAAUUGGGCUGCAGGCUUGAUAUCGUCGGUGCCUCUGCUGCGUUCUCUUUCAGUUUCUGGUAAAUUUGUACUGCGUUAAAUAAGAAGCCAUUAGGGAUUUUGGACAAAAUGCUAUUGGCAUUCGCGAUUCUACGUAAAGUCUGAGUCUUUUUGUGCUAUGUUUGAACUUCGGAUUUCAAUUGAUAUGUUAAGGUGGUCGGUCUGUAUUUUACUGAGAUGGAUUUACAACUGUUCCAUUAAUUAUUCACAAGUGUUAUGAAAUGGUA